UAUUUUUGAAGUUGAUAUCAUAACAGCUGUCAAGUUUGAAAGUUAUUGUUGGACACAUUUUUAAAACCCAGUGUCUGAGUGUUUUAUUGUUACAAAUAAAUUAUGAAUAAAGCAUCAGUUUUGUUUGUUUGCUGCCUGUACAUUAGCUCGUUCAGCAAAUGCGAUGUACUGGAUGGACCAGACCCAUGGAAUAUAAAAGCACAAAUACCAGAUACAAUAGAUGCAACUGCUUUACCACCAGAUUUAAGAACACCACUAAAGAAACAAAGGCAGGUGGACACUAAACUGGGCUUUGGAGAGUGGUGGUUCAAAAGAUUACUUGCUAUAAUGCUAAAAAGUGGACAGUUGAAGAAAGGUGAAGAUGGAAGUGUUGAUGUAUCUCUACAAAUGAGAUUUGAUGAAGAGAGAUGGGUCAUGUUGGAAGAAAGUUUAAGAUCAGAUAAUGUACUAACAGAUGUAAUGUUCAGACGAACAGUUGGGUAUGUUGAAGAGGCUAUUUACAAACCAACAAUUACUGAACAAAUUGUAAUGGCAUGGAGUGAAUACAUACAAUUUUAUCUCAUGGAAUAUAAGAUGUACAUCACUGUCUUCUUCAGUGCACUAGCAGGAGUAGGAGUUCUGAGCUGGCUCUGGAGGCAUGUCUCUCACAGACAUAUUAUUAUCAUCGUAUUUGCCCUACUAUAUAUUUAUGAAGUGGUUAUAUCUUAUAAGGAAGCUGAACAACAGGAAUACGAGAAAUUUGUGUCAGCUGUGAAUACAUGUAAGUGGUACUUCUGGACCUCGGAAUGUACGAUACCACCACCUGAUCCACUUGUAUUUUUGAAACACAUGAACCCUAUGAAGAUAGGCAUCAGGAUGUUUACGUCGCUGAUAUCUGAACCCCUACUUGUAAUGAACUCAACUAUAAGGAUAACUAUUGAAGGUGUUACUGAUGGACUGUGGUUCCCGUUCAACAAAAUUCUGUGCGGCUUUUUAAUACUAAUCGUUAAUAUCUCAUUGAUAUAUCUCCUAAUCAUGGUAGUAUUUAAUUUUAUAUUUAACAUUCCAUUUAAUUUAAGUUUUUUUAAUCUUGUAAGCAUUGGCGUCGAACGCAACAGGCCAUCUUUGUUUUCCACGAAUGCAAGUGAACAGCAAGCACCACAAAUUAGGGAUACAGAUAGAAUAAGCGGAGAAAGACUAGAUAGGCUCCUAAACGUGUGUUCACUUGCGUUAACUAAUGUCACUAAUGUGCAUCGUCCGAUAAACACAAAUGCAAGAUUAACGAACAUUAACAGUAAUGCUAACUUACCGCAAAUAAAACGGUCAGCUAGCACUGGACGGUUACCCGACUGUUCUUAUGAAAACAACAAUGAUCAACUAUCUAUAAACGGUAAUUUAAGAAGAAGACAAAAUCUUGGACGUGGUGAUGGUGAUCAUAUAAAAUAAUAUUUAUUAAAAGUAACCAAUAUAUUUUUCCUUGUGAUUGCAGCCAUAUCUCUAGUAAUUUAAUUUUAGAGUCUAGCUACGUCAAUUUUUCUUAUACGUUAGCUUUUGUUUAACUAAAAGGCAAAACAGUUUGAAUCGAGACGCAUUUUGUUGAGGAUUAAACCCUUGGUUUAAUGCGUAUUAAAAUGAAAACAGUUUUUAAUUAACCUAAUUAACAUUUGAGACAUCAGAAUCUAUUAGUUUGUUCAGAAAAAACUAACAAAACCCUUUUCAUCUGAUUUUACGUUGUAUGUUAUUUAACUACUGUUUGUUAGUUUUAUAGGUCGAAAUUUUAUUCCUUUAAUAUAAAUGUCUCGGAGUCAAAGGUUAAAGGAUUGUAGCAAUGCUUUUUUUAACAAAAUUACGAAUCAGAUGUCCAGUUUUAACAU